GCGCCACCGUUCGUUUAUAUUUUGCUUUGACGAAACGUAACAAAAUGGCUGACGGCGUGGAUAUUGAUUUGUACGCUGACGAUUUAGAACAAGACUUUAAUCAGGAGAAUUACAAUGACCAUGAUGCCAAUGUGGACCUUUAUGACGACGUCAUUGCAGCUCCCUCAAAUGACGGCAGCCACGAAGAGGUUAAUGUAUCUCACCAGGGUACCAACAACCAUCAUGCACCUGCAAAGAGGGUGGCUAUAUAUAUUGGGAACUUAACAUGGUGGACCACCGACCAAGACGUCACGGACGCCAUCAACUCCGUCGGCGUCAACGACGUCUUAGACAUCAAGUUUUUCGAAAACAGAGCCAAUGGCCAGUCGAAGGGGUUUUGUAUUGUGACCCUGGGAUCAGAUAACUCAUUUCGAUCUGUCAUGGAUAAGCUUCCAAAGAAGGAGCUUCAUGGCCAAAACCCUGUGGUGACCCCGUGUAGUCGACAGCACUUAAAUCACUUUGAAAUGCAGAGUCGCAAACCAAAUCAAGCUGGAGCCUCUGCACGUGAGGACGACUUCUAUCGGAAUGAACGUCGCGGAGGAAGCGGCGAUAAGUUCAUGGGUAACAAGUACGACCGCCCAGACAUGGACAAAAACUAUGCAGGAGACAUGUACCAUUCCGGAGACAAUCGGGGGCCCCCGCAGGGCCGCAUGGGCCCUCGAGGUCCUUCGCCACAGGGGCGUAACGACAGGGGACCUAGGCAUGGGCCUUUUCCAGGUCAGGGCAGAAUGCCUCCAGUUGGGCUCAUGGGCCAGGGGCCCCCUCCACAGUACACACCAGGUAUGGAUGGAUCUGCCAUGCCUUACUUCCCUCCUCCACCCAUGCGUCUGGGAGGCCCUCCCCCACCGCAGGUGGGGCCUCCACCUGUAGGGCCCCCUCCACCUAUGAGACCGCCACCCCCGAUGGCGGGGCCUCCAGGAGGUCCUGUGGGGCCACCGCCGCCCCCUGGCAUGCAGGGACCGCCACCUCCCACGGGCGGUCCGCCUCCACGCUCUGGGCCGCCGCCACCUAACAUAUUGCGCAUGCCUCCUCCAAGAGGGCCUCCGCCACCCCUCGGGGGACCGAGGGGUCCACCCCUGAUCCCGGACCACAGGGGACCCCCUCCAGUUGGACCCGAAUGGGAGAGACCCCCAGGUAUGCAUCCGCUGCCUCCGGUGUCUCAGCCACCCCCACACGCCCCAGCAGGGGUGCCCCCUGGCUCAGCUCCCCCGGGACUGCCCCCCAGUCGUCUGCCUCCCCCAGUGGCAGCUCCCAACGUGCCCCCGCCAGCUCCACACGUGAAUCCGGCUUUCUUCCCACAGCACACUGGACUACCCCCCACCUCUUCACAACCCUCUGACCCUUACAGCAGGCCGCCGCCGUCGCAGUACACGCAUGACUAUCGGGGACAAUCCAAUGACAGUACGCAGUACACAGUUGACGUGCGGAAUAUGUUACCUACGGCAACCACGAUGCCUUCAAGACACGGUAGAGAGCUUCAUGACCGACGUGACAUCAAGAAACAAGAUCCCAUGAACCCCCCAAUGAGUGAUGGGGAGUUUGAGGAGAUAAUGGGAAGAAAUAGGACAGUGUCGAGCAGUGCCAUUGCGCGGGCCGUUGCAGAUGCAAGUGCAGGUGAAUUUGCGAGCGCCAUUGAGACCCUGGUGACUGCCAUCUCCCUCAUCAAGCAGUCCAAGGUGGCCAACGACGACCGCUGCAAGAUCCUCAUCAGCUCUCUGCAGGACACCCUGCACGGCAUUGAAUCAAAGUCCUAUUGCUCCAGGAGUAAAGACAGGCCUCGAUCGAGAGAGAGGGAACGUUCCAGAGAGCGAUCAUCCCGGCGAGAGAAGUCCAGCCGACGGGACCGAUCGAGGAGUCGGGAACGGGACUACCGGGAUCGCAGUCGUGAGCGGGACCGCUACCACGAAGAUCGGUACCGGGAAAAAGAACGGGAGCAUCGUAGCCGACACUAGACUGCUCUGAGGCAUACAACAUGAAGACUAUUUUUCAUAAUCUAGUUGCAAAUCGGGUCUCCCUUCCAUCACCAUACUGUACAAUGUGCUGUGUCAUUAAAAUGCUUGUUUGUCUGUGUUA